AUGGAGGAGCGGGAGCGGGGGGCGAGGUCGGCUCGCGCUGGGAGCCCCGCGCGCCCGCCCAGCCCGCGGCUGGAUGUCAGCUCUGACAGCUUCGACCCGCUGCUGGCCCUGUAUGCGCCCCGCCUGCCUCCCAUUCCCUACCCCAACGCGCCCUGCUUCAACAACGUGGCCGAGUACGAGAGCUUCCUCAGGACCGGGUUACGGACGCGGCGGCGGGGUCCGGGUCGGAGCAGGAAGGCGCCGCGCAACGUGCUCACGAGAAUGCCCUUGCACGAAGGCAGCCCUCUGGGUGAACUCCAUCGCUGUAUCCGGGAGGGGGUGAAGGUGAAUGUUCACAUCCGCACUUUCAAGGGACUUCGGGGCGUCUGUACCGGCUUCCUCGUUGCAUUUGACAAGUUCUGGAAUAUGGCACUUACUGAUGUGGAUGAGACCUACCGAAAACCUGUUCUAGGCAAAGCAUAUGAACGGGAUUCUUCAUUGACUCUCACCAGGCUCUUUGAUCGACUAAAACUGCAAGAUUCUUCCAAGAAGGAAACAGAUUCUAAGUCUGCAGUUGAAGACUCCACUCUCUCCAGAUACUCCCAGACAUCCACAUGGAAGGUGGCCUCGGUGUGGGGAAGAGGAGACACCGACCGGAGUUCACGCAGGCGUUCCCGCUCCGUCCCUUCUUCCCUGCAGGCGUCUGCAAGGGAAGAGUCCAGGUCAGAGCUGUCAGGGAGGACUACACGGACAGAAGGGUCCAGUGCGGGGGGUACCUUUUCCAGGGCUACCACCCUUUCCAGGGGCCAGUCCCGUAAGAAAAAGAGAAAGCCCAAAGUGGAUUACCAGCAGGUUUUCACUCGACAUAUAAAUCAGAUUUUCAUUCGAGGCGAGAACGUCCUGCUGGUUCAUCUUGCACAGUGACUGGCUCAGCCUCACUUGAGCUUUGGUUUUAGAAAUACAAUGCAUGAAUUGCUGCUAUGCUGUAUCCUAGUAUCCCAGUGUAACUCUGAGUUGGAGUGAUCCCUCUGGUCCAGCAUGUGCAGAGCAUAGAGCCAGGCUCGGGCCCUCUGGGAGAUGAGGUCCUAAAGGGAAAACAGGGCUUGAGAGGGUGGUGGGUGUUUGCAUUAAUAUCACAGCAAAAGCUGUACAGAGCAUGGUAUAUGCAUCUGAUUUGGUAUUAUGGUCUACUGCAUACACUCAAACCAAAUAUAAGAUCUUGAAUUGGGGAGCAUGGUAUGAACUGAAUUAACUUCACAGACACUAUAGCAUGGGAAGGAGAAAGCCUCCGCAGGAAGAAUGAUCUCAUUUCUAGAAGCUAGUGCCCUGAGUACUCAUGAACUUGUAUCUAAGAGUAGCAGUAUAAAUCACCCCGAGCCCUGCAUCCGCACCUUGUAACUAACCUUUAAGUUUCUUUCUUGAUCGAGGAAUGUACUUUGCUAUCUCUUAAUAUCUGUAAGAUAUAAGAAGGCUACGCAUUUAUGUAAGAGUGAAAUCUGGGUGGGUGGCAUGCUCCAAUGAAUGAUGUGUCUUCAUCCCGCUCCAUGUUAUGGGAAGAAAUAGGGGACCUUGUUGUUGGUUUUCCUCUUGCCAGAGGGAGUUUCUGCAGAUGGUGUACCAGUUGGGACUGUAGGAUGCUCUUGUCCUUCUCUUCUUUCACUUUUGUGGCAUGGUGCUAGUGCAUGUACCUGCGUAUUGCUCCUCUGUGUAUAGUGUGACCUGUCCUUUGAGCUUUAUAGCAGGAGGCUGUGACUUUCAUGACUGGCUGCAAAGAGUUCUGCAUGAACUCAAGCAUACACACACAUCAUGUGGCUGAGAGUACCCUUUCUGGGCAGGGCUGGCCCUGUCCUGAGUGUCUUUCAGGAUGGUUUUCCAUGAAACCGGGGUGGAGUUUUAUUCCCUUGUGUCAGGCCAAAGAGGUUCUCACAAAGUACAACAGCGGUGUCUCUAAGGGACACGUUACUCAGCCCGGCUUGAGUAACCGAACACCAGACCACCUGCUACUAUUUCUACUUGAAUUAUAUGCUUUUUCAAUCACCAGUGCAAAGUAGACUAUAUCUCGACACAGACUGUUAGGCAAUAUUGACCUUUUGUUUUGUUAGUUUAUUGACCUUUUGUUUUGUUAGUUUAUGUUAGGUUGUAUUUUAGAUAUCUUACAUUCAAAGUGAGAAUGAGAAAUAGCUCACUAGUUAAAAUGUUUGAAAAGAAAAACUUCUUCUGCUGUAUUUGUUGUGUAACUUAAAUGAGCCUUCUGAGAAGCAGGUGAGUCACGCUCAGAGAGUUGGGCUGGGACUCCUGGGCCUUCAUCUGGCUGGGCCUCUGGCUCUUCAUGGAGUGAGAGGAGAGCAGAGUAACCCCUCUGUGCCUCAGGUUUUUCCCACCAGACACCUACCUCACAGGGGUACUGAGGAAAAGACUCUGGGGAAGGCGUUUUACAGUCUUUUAGCAUAUGUAAGUGCCAUGAGUAAUCUUUACUCACUGUUUCAUUGCUUGCUAGAAGUUCACUGUCUCAUGAGCAGAGUAGGUGCUAUAUAAUAUAAGAACAUAAUCUCUGUAGGUGUUAACAGUUAUGAUCUUCUUGUCAUCAGAAGGCAGUGACAUCUUCAGGAACUACUUUCCAUGUUCCAUUCCUUUCUCCUAAGGGACAAUGGAAGUUCUCAGAAGAAUAUCUUUAGUGAAAGAAAAGUAACAAUUUUUUUGCUGCUCUCCCACAUCCCAGCCCCCACUCUUUUCUGGUUGUGAUGAGAGGGAAUUCCCCUGCACUUUUUGGGGGGUUUAUAUGCCAGCACUGAAGGAAGGAUGUGAAUCUAAAAAUAGCACAUCCUUGAAAGGGAAUCUGUGGAAGUUGUUUUAUUUGAUUUUGUUUCAAAGUGGGUUUUAAAUAUACUCUUUAGAACCAGAUGAGAUGCACUAAACAUUUAGAAAGGUUCUAGUUUACACAUGCAAGUGAACACUUAUCUUUGGACACUGCCAGUCUGAAUCUUUUUAAGUAGUAUGUUCUAAAAUCAGUCAUCUUGUUAAUCGUCAGGUACCCCACCUUUACCGGUCUCCCCUGUUUGACUGUCCCCAUCUGUCUGUCUGUUAUGUCCCUCAGCUGGAAGCUGUAAUAGUUACUAGAUGUUCGCAAUAAAGGAGAAAUUAAUCAGUGUCCAUUGAUUGUAGUGCCUGAUUAAAUCUAACCUUAUUUUAAACACAUGCCUAUUUCCUUGUUUGCAUAUGAUUUUCAUGUAUCCACAUAACGAUUGAUUUACUGCUUUUCUGCCCAACAAUUAUGGCUCUAAAAAUUAUUUUAAACCUGUGUGCAAUCUGUCUUGCGUGCCCAUACCCACCCCCCCAUUUAUUGGUUUGGACAGUGAUUCUGGGAUGAGUACUGUCUAGUAAAUGUGAUGUUUUGUACAAAACAUGAUAAUCAUUAUUUUAGAGAAGUAAAUUUUAAAAAUUAUUGCCUUUUCUUUAUUAUUGGAGAAAUUUUUCAAAACGAAGGAAAAAUAUAUUCUAAAAAUGUGUAUGCUGCUCAAAAAUGUGAUCAUCUAGGACAUUUUUAACAAAUUGCUAUGGAAAUAACUGAAGUCUUCCUCAGGAGAAGGCAAGGAAAGAAAAAGGGGAAGUAACAACCAGAACGGUAGAUUUCUGGAGGCCCCCCAUCAGCUCACCAAGGGGGCCCUAAACAGCUGAUAUACACCACAACUGGCUUCUGGUAUUCUCCAGGGAUUUGAGAUUGAGUCUCUAGUUCUUAUUUUUUUUAACAUUGAACUGAAGUUCUUCAGAGUAAUCUCUAGAGAAGGGUUCCUGUUUUCAGGGCAGACCUAUGAACUUGUUGAGGUCUUCUCAGGGGUAUCCAAGUUUGUUAGAAAGUAACACGGGACUGAGAGAUGGAAGGUGUGGCUUCACCCCCAGGACGAUUUCAUGGGCCAUUAUUUGUACACAGAGUUGGUUCUACUGCUUCACCACUAGGAGAGGCUGCACUUUAGGUUGUUUGUGCUGGUAUUUAGGAAGUAUUUCUGCUUUCUUUCAGAGACCAGUUAUGAUAGAGGUGGGCUGUUUGUGAGAUGGUUAGCUAGAGUUGUCAGUGGCAGGUGGCCUUAGACCAGUUGAUUCCUCCUUCUGCAUGGUGCAUGUCAAGUCAGAAAACCUAGAAGCUGUUAUCAUUAAAGUCAAGAUGCAUAGGAGUCCUUGCUAGAGUCGUUAGUGAAUGAAGAAGGGCUUUACCUAUCCUCAUGGUGAAAAGGUCCAGGAGUACCUUUAGAGAGUAUCAGCCCCAGCCUCAGAAGCCUUAUACAAACUUAGGUGUACUGCUUGUACCCCUUGAGAAGGAACCUAACGAUGCAGAAUGGAUAUUUGUAUUUCUGUUUGUACUAUUUUCAUAGCAGCAGACAUGGGCAAAAUCAUGAAAUAGAAUCUGUUCUGUAAAUUAGUUUUUUAAAUUUUCUCCUAUUUUUGCCUUUAGGAACAAAUUUAAAUUAUUCAAAGACAGCUAGCUGUCACUGGUGCUGCCCCAAAGCUUUCUAAUCCUUUAUAUAUUUUUAUGAAUGAAAUGGUUGCUGUGGGAAGACCAAGAUUCAUCUAAGAGUGUCAUGGUAUAAACAGAAUGGUUUGCAGUUGUUUGAAUUUUACUUUUCCUAUGCCAGAUAUAGAAUGCAGUCGACCCCUUUUCAGUAGCUUCUGUUCAUCAGCUUGUGUGUUUCUGGGUAGCAACUCCCAGAAGGCUUUUCUUAGUGUUUGUGAAGAAAGAAAAUCUCAUUGAGGCCUGUGUUGCAAAGGUGGGUGGUCUGUCAUUACUUCCCGGCAAAUUGAGUUGAUGGAUUUAAGAUAAGCCUUUGGGGUUCCUUCAUCGUUUCCUGGGCUUUGAGGAAAGGGUGGGCCUCCUUUACUCAUGGUGUUUUGAGUGUGUUUCAAAUGUUUGUAAGUUCUCUUGCACUCCUCUAAUAAAAAUGAAAGCUGUCUGUCAAGACAUGGCUUUGGAUGGUUUGGAGAUCUAGGAGGGGAAAAAAGAAGUACACCUGAGACCUUCAGUUGGUCUUUUAUUUAUUUAGAAUAAAAAGUAGUUUGAUAAGCUACCAGAGCUAGUGCUUCUUUAGAAACAUUCUCUGAAGAGAUAGGAACUGUCCCACAGGAAAGCUAUAAAAGCUAUUCCCAGUACAUUGCAAUUGCUUUUGAUUUUUAAUCCUUUGGAGCAAAUGUCUGAUGUUAUGUUUUUAGAGCUGUGGGGGGAAAAUGUUCUUUAACAAAAAUUUAGGGGUGUUACUGAAACAAUGACUGGCUGAAUUAUGUGUGAGCUAAGCUCUAGGGCAGCUGUCCAGUUCUUUUUCUGUUGUCCUGACAGUAAAGCAGAUAGUAAGCGAUGUCUUGAAAAGUGAUUUGCUUAUUCCAACCUGACAUCUAAAGGCAUUAGCCUCUUAUUUGGCAGCCCUGGGGAAACCCCUCCACACCAUGACUUAUUACCUUGUUUUUUAGACAAGGCUAAACCUGGAUGACUCUGUGUAUUAAUAGUUUCACUCUUCAUAUACCAGCUGCUACAAGAAAAACCAUGACUUUUAAUCUUGUCUUGAAAUUACUCCUCAUUGUUAAAUUCACCUAAACCCUUCCUGUGUAUGAAGGGUUGCUGCUAGUAAUGUCAGUUUGCAAUGUUCUGCUUUCGGUAUUUGUCAUAUGGGAGUCUGGAGACUGUAAUAAAUAUGAUUAUCUUAAUAAA